AUGGAGUCAUCAAAGAUUUGGUUUGCCUUGCUUGUAUUGAUGGCCACAACCAUUACUCUUUUUGCAACACCAACAAGUGAAGAAGAAUCAGUACUUGUCCAUGUUAAGGAAGAUGAUUCUUCUUCUGACCUCCAUUUUCAUGAAAUCCGUGAGCUAUCUUCUCUGAGAGGGACAGCUCGCUUUCUUGCCGGCCAGAGUCCCCGUGCCACUACCAUGACAUGUGACAAGUACCCUAGAGUUUGUGCUGCCAAGGGCAGUCAGGGCCGGGACUGCUGCAACAAGCAAUGUGUUAAUGUGAUGAGUGAUGAGCUUAACUGCGGGAAGUGUGGGAAGAAGUGCAAGUACUCGGAGUUGUGUUGCCAAGGCCAAUGUGUGAAUCCAUCUGUGGAUGAGAAGAAUUGUGGGAAGUGCAACAAGAAGUGCAAGAAAGGAAGCUCAUGCGUAUACGGGAUGUGCAGCUACGCUUAGAAUUUAGAAAUGCUUGUUACAUCUUCUAGCAUUCACGUUACAUAUACAUAUAUCUAUCUAUUUUAUGUAUGUAUAUCUGCGUGUCCAUCUCUUUGUUAAUCUCACAAGUUGUGUUCACCAUUAUUGUGUGAAAUAAUAAA